AUGGGGGGUCCCAAGUACCAGGGGCUCGGAGGAGGGUCUCCGGCGGAGCAGCAGCCCUUCCGCAAGGUCUCCGUCCUGCCGCUGGUGUUCCUCAUCUUCUACGAGGUCUCCGGGGGGCCCUUCGGCGUGGAGGAUAGCGUCCAGGCGGCCGGGCCCUUCCUGGCCCUCCUCGGCUUCCUCCUCUUCCCCCUCAUCUGGAGCGUCCCCGAGGCCCUCAUCACCGCCGAGAUGGGCACCAUGUUUCCGGAGAACGGCGGCUACGUCGUCUGGGUCUCCUCCGCCCUCGGCCCCUUCUGGGGCUUCCAGCAGGGCUGGAUGAAGUGGCUCAGCGGCGUCAUCGACAACGCCCUCUACCCCGUCCUCUUCCUCGACUACCUCAAGUCCAGCAUCCCCGCCGUCGCCGGCGGCGGUGCCGCCAGGUCCAUCUCCGUCCUAGCGCUCACGGCGGCGCUGACAUACCUGAACUACAGGGGGCUGACCAUCGUUGGAGGGGUCGCCGUCUUCCUCGGCGUCUUCUCCAUCCUCCCCUUCGCCGUCAUGGGGCUCCUGUCGAUCCCCCGGCUGGAGCCCUCCCGGUGGCUGGCGCCGCCGCCGGACCUGCGCAGCGGGGUCGACUGGAACCUCUACCUCAACACCCUCUUCUGGAACCUCAACUAUUGGGACUCCAUCAGCACCCUCGCCGGGGAGGUGCAGGAACCCAAGCGGACCCUCCCCAGGGCGCUUUUCUUCGCCCUGAUCCUGGUGGUGCUGGCCUACUUCUUCCCCCUGCUCGCCGGCACCGGCGCGGUGCCGCUGGACAGGGAGCUCUGGACGGACGGGUACUUCUCCGAGGUGGCGAAGAUCAUCGGCGGCGCGUGGCUGGCGUGGUGGGUGCAGGCGGCGGCGGCGCUGUCCAACAUGGGCAUGUUCGUGGCGGAGAUGAGCAGCGACUCCUUCCAGCUUCUGGGGAUGGCGGAGCGGGGGAUGCUGCCGGAGUUCUUCGCGCGACGGUCGCCCUACGGUGCGCCGCUCGUGGGCAUCCUCUUCUCCGCCUCGGGCGUGGCGCUGCUCUCCUGGCUGAGCUUCCAGGAAAUCAUCGCGGCGGAGAACUUCCUCUACUGCUUCGGCAUGAUCAUGGAGUUUGUCGCCUUCGUCAAGCUCCGGGUCGAGCAGCCGGCGGCGUCGCGGCCCUACAAGGUCCCCUUGGGGACGACCGGCUGCGUGCUGAUGCUCCUCCCGCCGACGGUGCUCAUCUGCGUCGUCCUCGCCCUCUCCUCCCUCAAGGUCAUGGUGGUGAGCCUCGCCGCCGUCUUCUUCGGCUUCCUUCUCCACCCCUUCCUGAAACUCGCCGAGAGGCGGCGCUGGGCCACCUUCUCCUCCAGCUCCGACCUCCCCGCCCUCGACGGAGCCCCCCCACGAGAGCACGAUGAUAUUGCGGACGACGACGAAGAAGCUCUGGUGACGGCGCACUAG